CGGCGCGCGGAGGUGGCUGACUGUAACCCGUGCACGCGCGUAAGUGUCGUUUCCGUCGUCUCCGUUCCUACCGCCGCUCUCCCGCCCCGACCCGCAGCCGCGAUGCUGGCGCUGCGCUGCGGCCCCCGCCUGCUCGGUCUGCUCCCGGUCCCGCGUUCCGCGCCGCUGCGCCUCCCCGCGUUCCGCGCCUGCAGCAGCAGCAGCGGCGGCUCCCGAGACUCGUCCUCUUCCUCCCGGAACCCGCUCGUGUACCUGGACGUGGGCGCCGACGGGCAGCCGCUCGGCCGCGUGGUGCUGGAGCUGAAGGCAGAUGUCGUCCCAAAGACAGCCGAGAACUUCAGAGCGCUGUGCACCGGGGAGAAGGGCUUCGGUUACAAAGGCUCCACCUUCCACAGAGUGAUUCCAUCCUUCAUGUGUCAGGCCGGCGACUUCACCAACCACAACGGCACUGGGGGCAAGUCCAUCUACGGAAGCCGCUUUCCUGAUGAGAACUUCACACUGAAGCACGUGGGACCAGGUGUCCUAUCCAUGGCAAAUGCAGGCCCCAACACCAACGGCUCCCAGUUCUUCAUCUGCACCAUAAAGACAGACUGGUUGGACGGCAAACAUGUCGUGUUUGGCCAUGUCAAAGAAGGCAUGGAUGUCGUGAAGAAAAUAGAAUCUUUCGGUUCCAGGAGUGGGAAGACGUCCAAGAAGAUCGUCAUCACAGACUGCGGCCAGUUGAGCUAACUGGCCACAGGGUGCUGGGCCGGUAGCAGCCGCACACGUGUUCACUCACCUAGGCGGCCACUUGGGCGCCAGCAAAGGUGCCCCGUCCAGUUGCCUAUGCUUGUUCCACCAUCACUGUGUGCUUGAGGAAGGCCUCUCCGGAACGUCCAAUCUCCACCGGGCCCACCACACUGCCUCCCCAGUGUCCGCCCUUCCUCACGACCCAAUUUCUAGACACCUGUCAUUUAUGUGAUGUCACCACUCCUCAACAGGCCUUCUCUGUGAUCCCCCAGCCCAAGUUCAUGGGUGCCUUGGACAUCGGGGGUGGUGAUGGCUUAGCUUCAGGGACAGGUUUCUGCCUUUUCCUCGAUGGAGGGGGGAAAGCCUGCCACUGCAAAAGGCCAUUAUAUCUGUUUAAUGUCCUCUUCUAAUUGGAAUAAUGUAAUUAACAAGAUUGCCUGGAGAUGCAGCUGUGACACUAACUAUUCCGUGCCGUGGUAGGACCCCAGUUGGUGGCCGAAGCCACAGAACCCCAGAGCUUGGCCUUUGGAACAUAGUCGGGGCUUUUGUGAAGGGUCCCCGGCCACGGCAUUUAUCCCACUGUGAUCCAUGUCACUGUGAAUCCUGUCGGUUUGCUGCUGUGGAUUUGGAGGAGAGUUCGUGGGGGCAGAAGCAGGCGAACCUGGGAACAAAACAUACUGUGCCUAGUCCUGGAAAUGGCCUGUACGUGCUCUGGAAGAAAGGAAACAUGUCUUUUCUGGAGGGCUUUGAUUUUUCUGUGUUUAAUUAAUCUACUGAUUUUGUAUAUAACACACUUGUGGCACAUUUAUUUGUGUUCACUUGAAAUGUGAAAAUAAAUCCUAUUUUCUAUA